AUGUUGGCUGCCGUGGAACAUGGUCCCAUCCUCUGCAGUGACUCCAACAUCCUCUGCCUCUCAUGGAAAGGCCGGGUCCCCAAGAGCGAGAAGGACAAGCCGGUGUGCCGGAGACGCUACUAUGAGGAGGGCUGGCUCGCCACGGGGAAUGGGAGAGGAGUUGUUGGGGUGACGUUUACAUCUAGUCACUGCAGGAGGGAUAGAAGUACACCUCAGAGAAUCAAUUUUAAUCUGCGUGGACACAACAGCGAGGUUGUCUUGGUGCGUUGGAAUGAACCUUUUCAGAAGCUCGCCACAUGUGAUAUGGAAGGAGGUAUUUUUGUUUGGAUCCAGUAUGAAGGAAGAUGGUCUGUGGAGUUAGUCAAUGACCGAGGUGCCCAGGUGAGUGACUUUACUUGGUCACAUGAUGGCACUCAAGCCCUCAUCGCAUACAGGGACGGCUUUGUGUUGGUUGGCUCGGUCAGCGGACAAAGACACUGGUCCUCAGAGAUUAACCUGGAGAGUCAAAUCACCUGUGGCAUCUGGACACCUGAUGAUCAGCAGGUCUUAUUUGGUACAGCAGAUGGUCAAGUGAUCGUGAUGGAUUGUCAUGGCCGGAUGCUUGCCCAUGUUCUGCUACACGAGUCUGAUGGGAUUGUGAGUAUGUCCUGGAACUGCCCUGAUUUCCUGGUCGAGGAUAGCACAGAGAGUGACACAGACUCUGAUGACAAUAUUCUGCCUUUAGUGCGGAGAGUCAAGCCUUUGUUGACAGUCACCUUCUUAUCAGGAGACAUCAGUUUAAUGAACAACUAUGACGACCUCUCUCCUGCCGUAAUUCGCUCAGGGCUGAAAGAUGUUGAGGCUCAAUGGUGCUCCCAGGGAGACCUCCUGGCUGUGGCUGGCAUGGAGAGACAUGGGCUACCUGUCGACUCUGCCUGUGGGCCCAUCAUGAGGAACGCCCUCGUUAAGUUCUAUAAUGUCCAAGGAGAGCAUAUCUACACUUUGGAAACACCGGCACAGAGGCCCAUCACCACCAUCUGUUGGGGUCAUAGAGACUCUCGUUUGUUCCUUGCAUGUGGACCAGCGCUGUAUGUGGUGCGUGUAGAGCACAGGGUGGCCAGCCUCCAACUCUUAUGCCAGCAGGGUAUCGCCAGCGCCCUGCGAGAAGAGAAAGAUGUGGGGAAACUGAACAUGCCCUCGCUGCUCUGCUCUUAUGUGACCACUGCUUUCAUACCUACCAUCAAGCCCCCAAUUCCUGACCCCAACAACAUCCGUGACUUUGUCAGCUAUCCCACAGCUGGGAAUGAGAGGCUCCACUGCACCAUGAAGCGAGCGGAGGACAGCCCCGAGGCAGGCGGUCCCUGCUACACUCUCUACCUAGAAUAUUUAGGAGGACUGGUACCUAUUCUCAAAGGAAGACGUAUCAGUAAACUAAGGCCUGAGUUUGUCAUUAUGGAUCCAAAAACAGACAGCAAAGCAGAGGAGGUGUGUGUGAAUCCCAUGAUCUCGUACACUGACAGCUGUAACUGCUCCGACUCCAGUGACAUUGAGUUGAGCGACGAAUGGGUUGGGAAGAAGUCACCGAAGUUAUCCCGAGGAAACAGGUCACCUAAACUUCAAAGAAUGAACAUGGAUUCAAGAAAAUCUCCAAAACUUUCACGUGCCAAUCAGGAAGGCCAACGAUCACCACGGUUACCGACAAAGAAGCCUCCAAUUCGGUCCCCGAGUCUGACACGUCGAGAGUUUUCUAUGGAUGGAAUCACAGAGCACAAUUACCUCGCUCAAGUCACAUCCAACAUCUGGGGGACAAAGUUCAAAAUUGUUGGACUUGCUUCUUUCCUCCCUGCCAAUCUUGGUGCAGUCAUUUAUAAGACCAGUUUGCUUCAUUUGCAACCGAGGCAGAUGACAAUUUACCUUCCAGAAGUGCGAAAGAUUUCACAUGACUUCAUGAGCCUGCCGGUGUUCAAUCCCAAUGUAUUCAGUGAGGAUGAGGAUGACUUACCAGUGAUGGGGCCCUCUGGAGUGGCAGGAGACAAUCCUCCCUGUACAGUCAACAUUCCUAUUGCUCCCAUCCACAGCCCAGCUCAGGCCAUGUCCCCGACUCAGAGUAUUGGCCUGGUUCAGUCUUUAUUGGCCAAUCAGAAUAUUCAGCUUGAUGUCCUCACCAACCCUACAGCCACUGCAGCAGCAGCAGCUGCAGCAGCUGCAGCUUCUGUCCCUGUUUCUGAUCAUGGCCAGGAUGCUGUUGCUACACCAUACCCAGUUCCAGCUAGAUACUCAAAUCCUGGUCAGGUGAUCUUCAAUGGGCUAGAGAUGGGUCCUCUUCUGCCUGGUACUUUACCUCCCCCACCUCCACCUCACCACCAUCAUCAGUCACAGUCACAGCAGCAGCAACAACAAAUGCAGCAGCAACAUCAACAGCUUCAGCAACUGCAUCACCAACAGCAGCAACUCCAACAACAGCAGCAGCAACACCAACAGCAGCAGCAGCAGCAACAUCAACAACAGCAGCAACAUCAACAACACCACCAGCAGCAGCAGCAAAUCCGGCAACAGAUCCAGGAGAUGAGGCAUCAGCAGCAGCAGCUCCAGCAGCAGCAUCAGCAGAUCCAACAGCAACACCAACAGAUGCAGAGACAGCACCAACAAAUGCAGCAGCAACUGAAGAUGCAGAUGUCGCUGCCCCCUCCUCCUACUGGCUAUCCAACCAUUUCCUUACAACAGAUUCAUCUUCUGCCCCAAAUUCUCCCAGGAAAUCCUCCUCCCACCACUGAGCCUGGACUGGACAGGGGAGACCAUGGACACAUGCUGAAGCCAAGUCUGCCUCGGACUUUACCUCCCUCCUUCAGUGAUGCAGAUGGGUCUAUGGAGAUUCAGAUGAGGAAGGUGAAUCCUCCACCUCCAUACCCUGGCACUGUAGUGUCUGCAGCAGCAACCACAGCUACAGCGGCAGCUACGCCUCAAACACUUGUCACAAACUGUGACAGCCCUAGCAUCCUGGCACCAGACCCCUUUUUGAAGAAAGAUGAGUUCCUGCUUCACCCAGUGACCUUACAGUACCCAACACCUCUGGGGUAUGAAAGGAUCACAACCUUUGACAGCAGUGGCAACGUGGAGGAAGUUUGUCGGCCACGAAGGCGGCUCAUUCGCAACCAAAAUGCGUACACUGUCCAUGGCAUCGGGGGCUCAGCCACACUCAAAGUCACUUCAUCUGAUAGUAAAAAAAUUCAGCUUCCAUACAGCUCAGCAACACUGAGUCGUCUUUCUGUCCCUCGAUACUCUAUACCUAGUGGGGACCCUCCUCCUUACCCUGAUCCAGCUAAUCAGGUAACCACUACACUUCCUCCUCCACAGAGAAUUGAUAACAGUCUGAUUCAUGCCACUAUACGCCGUGACCGCAGAGAUAUGGGACUCAAAGUGCCACAGAUGAUGGAUAGCUCAAGAACCCUUCCCACUAAGGCUAAGAUGAACAGUGCAUUAGCACUAUCGUACCAGCAGAGGGUGCCCACUGCAUUGUACACAUGCACACAGUGCAGCAGUAACAGCAGCAGCACCAGCGUCAGUGUCAGUGGUGGUGGAACGACGAGUAGUGGCAUUGCAGGUGGCACGGUGGUGAGGCAAGAGUUCCCCCCAGGGAAAGGAGCACAUCACAGUACUAUUAUUGUGCACUCCAAAAGUGCCUCACCCCUGGCCUCCCAGUCAUCUUACAGUCUGCUGAGUGCUGUUGAUAACAGCCGAGACAGAACAGUGUAUGUUAACUCUGCUUUUACUGAAGAUGAGACUUUGAAUCAGCAGUGUCACCUCGAAAAAUCAGUACGCCAGCUGACUCUCGGUGAUGUCAGUUUGACAGUUAAACGCCCUCCGCCUUACCAAUGGGACCCCUCCACCACAGAGGAGUUCUGGCUCACACCAGAGCAAACCAUAUUAGCUCCCCCACCAGGACCUCAUAAACCACCUCCUCUCAUAAUUAGUCAAGCCCAGCACUUGGACAUGACUCGGCUACCUUUUGUCCUCACCACUAAACCUCCAUCCAGCCCAAGCACAAGCACUCUUACUUUCCCAUCAGGUUACCAGAUAUCUCUCUCGCCUUUUCCUCCAGGUGUGGGUCACAGUGGACCCCAACUUCAGACGUUACAGAACCCUCCACCACAGUGCUCUCCAAACGAAGUGGUUGGUCCAGUCCCUUUUGCUCAGCAGGACCCCAAUUUGGUUCUGCCACCAGGUUACCCCCCAAAUCUUGCUAACCUGGCUUGCUGCCCUCUCCCUCCGAUGUAUCCAGGAGCCAGUUCAUGUGCAGGACUUCAGCUGCACCCUGUAAACCUGCACCCCUGGAACCCUUACCCCUGCCCACCUCCCAUGCAAGACCCUCCAGCACCUCCCCUUCCUACUAAGACUCAUCAAAUUUUAGAGAAGCCAAUUCUCUCCCCACCCCCUCCAACUGGACCACCUCCGCCACCGCCUCUGCCUCCUCCUCCUCCACCUACCGAGCUACCACCUUCCAAAAGUGCCACAGAGGAUCUUGCAGAGUCUGCCAACAACUUUGCAGAGCCAUCAUCCUUAAAUGAAAGCCCUGUGCCACAGGAGUCAGAUCGCUUCAACAAGAAGAGCCGCAAAAGACUGGACAGCAGAGCUGAGGAGGCCAACUUGCCCACUGUCGCUGAGGGCAAAUCCAGAAAGGAAGGCCGUGCACUCUCUGACUUCAACACGCUCAUUUCCAGCCCAAGGCUUGGCAGCAGAGAGAAGAAGAAGCCCAAGGGGCCGAGAGAGCAGCUCAACAAAACCAAGAAGAUGAGCCGUACAACAAAUGAGUUCCAGGAUAGUUCAGAGAGUGAGCCGGAGCUGUUCAUUAGCGGCGAUGAACUCAUGAACCAGAACCAGAGCAGCAAGAAGAGCUGGAAGAACAAACGCAGCCUGCGUAUGGCAAGUGAGCUGGAAGAAAUAAAGUGCCGCAAGGCAAAUGAAAGAGAGGACCGUAGUUUAGGCAGCCAAGGGUUUGUCUAUGUUAUGGCCAAUAAACAGCCAUUAUGGAAUGAAGCCACCCAGGUCUACCAGCUUGACUUUGGAGGAAGAGUCACCCAGGAGUCAGCGAAGAAUUUUCAGAUUGAGCUGGAUGGUAGACAGGUGAUGCAGUUUGGGCGAAUUGAUGGGAAUGCCUAUAUUUUGGAUUUCCAGUAUCCUUUUUCAGCAGUGCAGGCAUUCGCUGUUUCCUUGGCCAAUGUGACUCAAAGGCUUAAGUGA